GCAUGAAUAUGGAUGGGCUGUUGUGCCUGAGUCUAUUCAGUGCAUUGGACUACCUCCAACAUUGGCAUAGAACCACCACCGGCAGAGGAGACCACACCGUCCAGCCCAAAGGAUAACGAUGGGGAGUAAUGACUCAAAAAGGCUUGUGGUCAGCGAGAAGGGUCUGUCUGACACGUCUGCAGUGAGUGACAUGUUGCGCUCGUCCUAAACGCUCGUGCGUCUCUACUGACUGGCCAAUAUGUUGAGCCGCCUGAUGAGUGGCAGCGAUCGGAGUCUUGACAGGGAAUUCAACUGCACGGUGCGACUGCUGGACGACUCGGAAUACACUUGCACGGUUCAGAGGGAUGCAAAAGGUCACUGGCUGUUUGAGCAGGUCUGUCAGCAUCUGAAUCUGCUGGAGAAAGACUACUUUGGCAUCCGAUUUGUGGACCCAGACAAGCAAAGGCAUUGGCUGGAGUUCAGCAAGCCAAUUACCAAACAAAUGAGAUCUCAGCCGCCGUACACUAUGUGUUUACGUGUAAAAUUCUAUCCCCCGGACCCUGCGGCACUUAAAGAAGAGAUCACUAGAUACCUGCUCUUCCUACAGAUUAAAAGAGAUUUAUAUCAUGGCCGACUCCUGUGCAAAAGUUCAGACGCUGCAACGCUGGCUGCAUUCAUACUGCAGGCUGAGAUUGGAGAUUAUGACCCGGGAAAGCAUCCGGAAGGAUACAGCUCUAAGUUUCAGUUUUUCCCUAAGCAUUCUGAGCGCCUGGAGCGCCGCAUUGCUGAGAUCCACAAAUCUGAGCUGACUGGUCAGAGUCCUGAAACGUCUGAGCUGAAUUUCUUAAGGAAAGCUCAGACUCUUGAAACAUAUGGAGUAGAUCCACAUCCCUGCAAGGAUGUGUCUGGCAAUACAGCAUUUCUCGCAUUCACCCCAUUUGGCUUUGUGGUGCUGCAGGGUAACAGGAGGAUUCACUUCCUAAAAUGGAAUGAGGUGACCAAACUGAAAUUUGAGGCCAAGACAUUUCACAUAUAUGCAACUCAUCAAGAGGAUCAGAAGAUUAUCUUGACUUAUUUUGCUCCAACACCUGAGGCCUGCAAGCAUUUAUGGAAGUGUGGAGUGGAAAACCAAGCUUUCUAUCAGUUUGAGAAAUCCAGUCAAGUUCGCACCGUAUCCAGUAGUAAUCUUUUCUUCAAAGGGAGUCGUUUUAGAUAUAGUGGUAAAGUGGCCAAAGAAGUGAUGGAACAGAGUGCCAAAAUCAGACGAGAGCCUCCAGAGAUCCACAGGGCUGGGAUGGUGCCCAGCAGGAGUUGUCCAUCCAUCACACAUGGCCCACGACAAAGCAGCGUCCCCCGAACUCGGAGGAGAGCCGUCCAUAUUUCCAUCAUGGAAGGUUUGGAAUCACUGCGUGACAGUGGCCACUCCACACCAGUCCGAUCCGUCUCCAAUUCCAAUUCAUUCCUGCGCUCCCAAGGAAAUGGAGCAGAAGGAGGAAGCGGGACAGCUGAAUUUUCCGAAGACUCCUACAGUCCCUCUGACAGCGUUCUUCCCACACCGGUGUCCAAUGACCCAUCAGACCCGGCUCAGGUUCGCCACACAAAUGGCCCUCGCAACAUCCAAGAGGAAGGAGGAACAGAACAGUGCUCUCAGAACCAAGCCAGACCACAAGGCGUCAAACCCAAAGGGAAGCGCUCACACCUGGAGAAGAGCCGGCCAACCCAACACAGCCCAGAAGAAGGGGUGAAUCAGUUCAUCUGUAGUUUGGCCCGUCUUUUCUUAGUGACUGUGGCUCUGCUCUUUGCCCUGCUUCUGCUUCUUAUUGUGCUCACAGAGUCUGAGCUGGACUUGGCUUUUCUUAGGGACAUUCGGAGGACACCCGAAUUCCAGCAAUUCCACUAUGAAUACUUUUGCCCACUUAGGCGCUGGCUGGCCUGUAAGCUGCGUUGGAUGGGAGGGCAUCUCAUUAAUAAAUAAAUGAGACGUGG